AAGGCGGCCCCUACUCUAUACGGUCUGAAGAGAGGAGCCAGGAGGCCAAGCGUCCCCGUUAUGAUGACACACAGAAGAUACCAAGCAUGGGAGGGACUCACCCGAAUUUUACAUCAGAGGCGCGCAACUAUCGACAGCGUAGACGAAGCCCAAGCCCUAGGUUUCUAGAUCCUGAGUUUCGAGAACUGAACCUUGCUAGGAGAAAGCGAGAGGAAGAGGAGGAACAAAAUAGGAACUUGAGCCAGGAGCUGGUGGAAGUGGGUGGUGGUGGCACUAGUUGCCCUAUCCCAGGAUUGUCAGGUGUUCUGUCAGUGUCAGAGUCGGGAUAUUCUGUGCAUCGACCCGAGGAAGUAUCUGCAUUGCCCAAGAAGUCCAUUCUGAAGAAGCGGAUUGAGGUGGACAUGGAGCCUUCCAUUCAGCUUGAGAGAUUUUCCAGUAGUACCAGCACCUGCCAGGAUCACACUCUCUACACUGGACACUCAUCUGUUCCUCUUAGUGGUGCUUUAGCUACCUUUGCCUCGGAUAUUGAGAACACCAAGGAGACUGCCUUGAAGGGAUCUCAGGACAAACUCUACCAAUGGGGUCCCCACCAUGGGAUCCCCAAAGACAACAGUCCUCUUAGAGAAAAGUUAGGAAGUUUUUUAUACCCCAAGGAGAAAUUGGAUACGAAAACUGAGGAAGCUGAGCGGCACACAGACUUGUUGCUGCCCCAUGAGAGAGCCAGCCAGGAUGGCAGUGGUUUUUCCCGCAUUCUGAGCAUAUUGACAGAUUCUUCAAGUACACAAGAGAAAAGGCGACGUAGCUUUCCUGAUAUUGAGGAUGAAGAGAAAUUUCUCUAUGGGGAUGAAGAAGAGGACUUAAAGUUACAAUCCCCACCAAAGCUCCGUGGCAGUUCUGAGAGUGAAAUUAGGCAGAAGGCAAACUCCUCCCUGCCCUCUUCAGGUCUAGCCGUAAAGCGAGAAUCAAUAGAAGAGGCCAAUCCAGAAUAUGCCAAAAUUCAUGACUUGCUUAAAACCAUAGGACUGGAUAUUGGGGUAACAGAGAUUAGUAAACUGGCUGUGCGUACCCAGGAACGGCUUCAUGGCAAGAAGCAAUCAUCACGUUUAUCAGCUGAUCCCCGUUGUGUUGGGGACCGACACUUUUCAUCUGACUGUCAUCCCUUAGUUGACCACCGUUUCUUGGAUCCCCACAGACUAGAGAGCAUGGAGCCACGCCAUAGCAAUACUCACUCCCCACAGGUAUCCCAUCCACAUCCAGCCUCUCCGGUGGAUCCUUACAGAUACACAAAAAAUAGCCCUCCUUUCCUAAAGUCUGACCAUGUAAUGGGUCAGGUUUCAAGACCAGAGGUGAUUGGUAGUGGGUUUCAGUCAUCUAUUGCAGUCAGAUGCAUGUUGCCCUCAACCCCAUCUGUUCCAAUUAGACAUUCACACCCUGCUGCUUUAUCUCAGUUUCACAUACCAAGAGCCCCUCAGUUUGCUGCAGCUCGGAUAGCUCAAAACUACCAAGGACCUGCCAUUCCCCUUGCCUCUUUUGAUACCUAUCAACAUUACAUGGCAUAUGCAACAUCAAGGUGGCCCAAGUACCCCACUUCUCAACCAUCAAAACAUUCCCUACUUGAACCACACAGGAUGAUGCCAAUUACUAAACAAGCUGCUCGAAGCCGCCCUAAUCUCCGUGUGAUCCCCACUGUGACUCAUGAUGAUCCUAAGCUGGAGGAAUCAGCGCUCAGCUCAGUUCCUUCUGUUCAAGUGCCUGCCCAGGUGCCCUUCCCAACAUUCGUAGGAUUUAAUUCUGAGAAGAUCUCUGAUGAGAAGAAUCGUGCUUCCCAAAAGCAGAAGGUUAUUGAAGAGCGGGAAAAGCUCAAGAGUGACGGGGAAGCACGCCAGAAGAAGAUGUACUAUCUCAGGACUGAACUGGAGCGGCUUCAUAAACAACAAGGAGAAAUGCUGCGCAAGAAACGAAGGGAGAAGGAUGGCCACAAAGACCCACUCCUGGUGGAAGUGAGUCGCCUCCAGGAUAACAUUGUGAAGGACAUUGCAAAACUACAGCAAGAGGCAGAGGAGGCAGAAAAGAAACAGUCUGAACUGGACAAAGUGGCUCAGAUCUUGGGAAUAGACAUUUUUGAUAAAUCCCAGAAGUCUUCAAAUGACAGUAAAGAGUCUUUAGAGAAACCUGAGAAAGCAGAAAAAGCGAAGAGUCCAGAAAAAAUGAUGUCAUCCCCCUCAGACUCCGCAAACAACAAGGAAUCAAAAAUAAACAAUGAGAAGUCCUAUGAUAAGAGCCCCCAGCCUGCUGAGAGCCUCCAACCAGCCACUAAGCAGUCUGACCAGCCCCUUACUGUCUAUGAGUAUUAUGAUGCUGGCAAUCACUGGUGCAAAGACUGCAACACCAUCUGCGGAACGCUGUUUGACUUCUUCACUCAUAUGCACAAUAAGAAGCACACACAGGAGCAAUUCCAGUUGUCUCCAGAGUUACGAAAGGAAGGACUACAGCAAACCCUUCUGCCUUGGGGAGACCUGUAUAGAAGGCACAGAGACCACAGAAAUGAUGAGCGUUGUUGUGGCCAGUAGGCAGUCAUCUCCAGGUUUUUACUUCCAGAAGGUGGAUAUAGCUGCUGGGCCAGUGAUUGGUUGUGGAGAAGGUCCUGCAAUUUCAAUUUCCAGGAAAUGCGAGCUGGAUUUGACAGAUGAAGAGGAAUUUUGUCCCGGGAUGGAAUUUGAACUUGGAAUUGAUGUAAGACUUUUGGGGUGAUAUGAUGGGGUGGAAGUAUUUUGCAUAUGAAAAGGGCAUGAAUUUGGGGUGGAGGGGCUAAAAGGUGGAAUGCCAUAGAUUGAAUUGUCUCCCUCCCCUCUCUUCCCCCCAAAAUACGUGUCAUGAUUCCUAGUAGUUUGGCUGUUACAUAAUAAUGUAAUCACCCCCAUUUCUAUCAUCUGAUGUGAAAAGUCAAUAAUUAUAAGAGAAUCAGGGUGAUAGGUAAUACAGCCCUGAUCCAGUGUAAGGGGAGUUUCCCUGGAAUAUUGCCUGCAACACCUUUUACCUUACAAGAGAGAAAGGAGAGCAAACUGUGCAGAGAAUGAGGAACCUGACUACACCAAAAAAGAAGAGCUGAGUGCAAAGCAUGUCCAUUGGCUCCAAGGUCCCCGCACUUAGAACCUAUUAAGCCCAGGGGAAGAUUGAUGUCAAGACACGAGAUUUCCAAGGGACAUCAGGUGCACUGAUGUUGAAAAGAGAAAAGAACCAUUUCAAGAGCCAAUAAUAGAGAGGCAAAGCCUUGUUCUAGAGCUGGUGCCCUAAAUUCAAACUUCGAACCCCCCAAACUGUGAGAGAAUAAGUUUGUGUGUAUAAAAGCCAUCCACUGGUGGUAUUUCAGCUAGAGCAACCCUCAGUAGCCAAAAUACCAGGAAACUAUCAUCCUAGUUUUGUUCCUUUUUUGUAAAUCCAGGUACUUUUAGAGUCCUGGAGGUCUAGUUUACUGCCCAGAUAUACCUGUGGCUUUGGUAAAUGUGAGGAGUCCUCAUAAAGCUACAAAUGAAUUGCAUAAUGUACAACCCAAGGGAGUAAGAGGUAUUUCAGGACCUCUUUCCGCUGAGCUUCUAUCCAUUGAAGGCCUGCUCAUUCUUAUGGCAUGACCCUGUGGGUGAAGCAAUGGAAAGAGUCUGGUGCCAGAGCUGCCAGCACUUUGUCACCACACUUCCGUUCCCUGCUUCAGCCUAAGAUCUGUUUCUCAUCAGCCAUCACAUUCCUCUGUGCAGGGACAAUCAAGGAUGUUGGCCACAAGCUUUUAUUCUUAACUAUGACUCAUAUGUCUAUCUCCAGUCCUAUGUUGAUGCUUGGACCUCAGUCUUUUUUUUAAUCAUUUUAUUGGGGCCUCGUACAAUUCUUAUCACAA